CCAGGACUUUGUGCUAUGGGCCUUGCUACUGCUCUUCGGGAAUAAUCCAAGCUGGAGAAGAUGCUGCCUCACCGUAUGAUGUCCUGUCCCCAGGACAUGGUGACCUUCUCCGAUGUGGCCGUGAGCUUCUCCCGACAAGAGUGGCUCUGCCUGAAAGCCUCUCAGAAGAAGCUCUACAGAGAGGUAAUGCUGGAGACCUUUGAGCACCUGCGGGCAGUAGGGUAUUGCAGGGAGAAGCCUGAGCUGAUCUCCCGGUUGGAAAGAGAAAUCCUAAAGAGGCUUCCAAGAGGCGUAUUUGCAGGUGAGUUCGCCAAUCUGCCACCAUCCUCGCCCAGAUCCACAUUUCGGGGUCCCCCGUGCUGCAAGGAUCUCCAGGGGCGGUCGAAUUUCUGUCCUUGUCGCUCUGAGCUGCUGUGUCUGCCAGGACUUUGUGCAAUGGGCCUUGCAGCUGCUCUUUGGGAAUAAUCCAGGCUUAGAAGAUGGGGCCUCACCGUCUGACGUCCUGUUCCCAGGACACUUUGACCUUCGCUGCUGUGGCUGUGAGCUUCUCCCCAGAGGAAUGGGUGUGCUUGGAUACCUCUCAGCGGAAGCUCUACAGAGACGUGAUGCUGGAGACUUAUGAGCAUCUGCAGGUAGUAGGACAUUGCAAGGUAAAGCCUGAGCUGAUCACCUGGUUGGAAGAUGGAACCCUGGAGAUGCUGCCAAGAGGCAUGUUUGCAGAUCCAAAGCCAGAAAUUCAUCCAUGUCCCUCCUGCUUUCUCACCUUCUCUAGUCAGAACUUCCUAAGUCGUCACAUGAAACGUAGUCAUCCCUCUCGUAUUCUCUCAGGAACAUCUACAAGAAAGCACCCUCAAUCAGAGAAUUUCUAUCUACGUGACCAGAACCAAUGUCAGCCACGGAAUGAUAUACUUGAAUGUCAAAAGCACAAAGAAAGUUCCGUACCUUUGUCGACAAAUUUGAGGCUUAAAAGAAUUUCAACAGCCUUUUCUAGAUUAUUUUGCAGUGAAAUAGCAAGCUCUGAUAAACAGAUGGCAUUGGAGGAAAAAACUAACCCAAGUCAGAAAGAAAAUCCAAAGGAUUCAGGUAAAGUAAUUCUAGAGAUAGGAAUGCCAAGAAUUUUAAGAGACAAGCAUGUAAGGACUGGGCAGGGCUCCACAGAUGAAUCAGAUCUCAUGGCACAACAGGGGACACACAGUGUGGAGAAGCCUUAUGUUCACAGGAAGUGUGGGCAAAGCUACAGUGUGAGGUCAUAUCUCAUGGCACACCAAAGAGAGGAUAAACCCCAUGUUAGCAGGGAGUGUGGGCAAGGCUUCAGUGUGAGGUCAAGUCUCAUCAAACACAAAAGCAAACACAAAUGGGAGAAGGCCCAUGUUUGCAGAGAGUGUGGGCGAGUCUUCAAUUAUAGGUCACAUCUCAUCAAACACCAGAGAACACACACAAGGGAGAAACCUCAUGUUUGCAAGGAGUGUGGGCGAGGCUUCAGUGAUAUAUCAAGUCUCAUCAAACACAAGAGGAUACACACAGGGGAGAAGCCCUAUGUUUGUAGAGAGUGUGGGCGAGGCUUCAGUGUGAGUGUAAAUCUCAUCACACACCAGAGGAUACACACUGGGGAGAAGCCCCAUGUUUGCAGAGACUGUGGGCGAGGUUUCAGUCAGAAGUCAAAUCUCAUCAGACACCAGAGAACACACACAGGGGAAAAGCCCCAUGUUUGCAAAGAGUGUGGGCGAGGCUUUAGUGAUAUAUCAGGUCUCAUCAAUCACAAUAGAACACACACAGGGAUAAAGCCUUAUGUUUGCAGAGAGUGUGGACGAGGCUUCAGUCAGACUUCACAUCUCAUCAGUCACCAGAGGACACACACAGGGGAGAAACCCCAUGUUUGCAGUGAGUGUGGGCGAGGCUUCAGUGAUGUAUCAAGUCUCAUCAAACACAAAAGAACACACACAGGGGAGAAGCCCCAUGUUUGCAGAGACUGUGGGCGAGGCUUUGGUGAGAGUUCACAUCUCAUCAGACACCAGAGGACACACACAGGGGAGAAGCCCCAUGUAUGCGGUGAGUGUGGGCGACGCUUCAGUGAUGUAUCAAGUCUCAUCAAACACAAGAGAACACACACCGGGGAGAAGCCCCAUGUUUGCAGAGACUGUGGGCGAGGCUUCAGUGAGAGUUCAAAUCUCAUCAAACACCAGAGGAUACACACAGGGGAAAAGCCCUAUGUUUGCAGGGAGUGUGGGCGAGGUUUCAAUCAGACAUCACAACUCAUCAGACAUCAGAGGAUACACACAGGGGAGAAACCGUAUGUUUGCAGGGAGUGUGGGCGGGGCUUCAGUGAUGUGUCAAAUUUCAUCAAACACAAGAGGACACACACAGGGUAGAGGCCCAUGUUUGUUGAGUGUGUGGGCGAGUUUUCACUGUGAGUUCAUAUCUCAUCAGACAGCAGAGGACACAGAGAAGUCCAAUUUUUAUAGAGAAUGUGGUCGAGGCUCCAGCAUGAGUUCAAAUCUCCUGGCACACCAGAGAACACACAGGCAAGGCCCUACGUUUACAAGGAGUGUAUGUGAGGCUUCAGUUAUAUGUCAAGUCUCAUCAGUCACGAGAGGACACUUGGAAGAAGCCAUUUUGCAGUGUUUGGGCAAGGUUUCAGUAGAGGUAACAUCUCUUUAGAAACCAGAGGACACACUGGACAACCCCAAUGUUUGAAGUGGAUGAGGCUUCAGUGAUAUGUCACAUCUCAUCAGACACAGGAUACACAUGAGAGAGAAGCCCUAUUUUUGUGUUGAGUGUGGGCAAGUUCCAUCAGGUUUCACAUCAAACACAAGUGGAUACACUUGGAGGAAUCCCUGAGUUUGAGGGACCGUGGGUGAGGAUUCAGCACAAGUUCAAGUCUCAGAAGACAUCAGAAGACAUGGGGGAAGACUUAUCUUUGUAGGAAGUGUCCACGAGGCUUCCGUUGGAGGUGACAUUAAAUGAGACACUAGAAGAAACACAAUUUUGGAGCUCUGUGUUUGAAGCAGAGGUGACUAAAGAACAGUAAAUAACAUUGAAGCAUCCACAGACAACAAAUGCAGCCAACAAAACUCAUACCCGAGGCAGUGGCCAGAGAAAUGUGCUAUUAUCUAGCUAUUUUUUUCUGUUCACUAAUAAACAUUGUCUUGAUAGAA